GGUCGGAGAGGCUCCUGGACGGAAUGACGUCGGAAGCGGAUUACCUGCUACGCGGGGUGCGGGAGGAAGAGGGAUUUCGCCAACCUGAGACCACUCCGGAUGCCACACGAUCCAGCAGCACCACGAUCUUGUCUGAGGACCAUAAUGAGCAGUUGAAGCAUACUCAUCCUUGCACCUACAGCAGCGGCGUUGUUUUGGACUAUAGAAACGACGAUUCCUUGCUGCCGCAGCGGGGGCUUGAGCCUGAGGUGGAGCUCAACUUGCAAGAGAAAGCGUUGCUGCUGAACCUGAAGGUCUCAUUGGAGGAGAUUGAACCGCCGCCGCAGCCAGAGCAAGAGCUUGAGUCGGAGUCGGAGUCGGAGCCAGAGGAAGACCUUGAGUCCGAGCCAGAGCAAGAGCUUGAGUCGGAGUCGGAGUCGGAGCCAGAGGAAGACCUUGAGUCCGAGCCGGAGCCAGAACCAGAGCCGGAGCUAACAUUCUGGGAGAAGACAUGGCAGGUUCUUCACAUACUUCGCUGCAAAGGGUUGGCUGACCUUGACCCCAAGAGGAAUGCCCUUGUCCCUACCCGCGUCCACAAGUUCAACAUAGCCUUCUACGACCUUGAUGAAGAGUCUGACGCUAUCCAUGGACCGCCGCUUAAAGAGCUUCCUUCUUGUGACUGGAGCAAGACUGUGCCAUCAUCUAUCAACGUUGUGUACUUGAAGGUUAUUAAAUCCGAUGUGGGCUACCCUAUCAGGGUAUUUGGCACUGUUCUCGUAAGGGAUGCGGUCGACUACAAAUGUGUGUAUCUGUUCAAGCGUGAAAGUGAUGAUCCCCAGCUCAUCACCUCUUCGGAGGAUGAAUUAACUUUGACAGGACCAAGUCGAGCAUUUAUUGCACGAGAUAGCAUGUUUUUCGAGAUCAACUUAAAGAUCAAGGGGGUUUCUGGGGUUGCAGAAGGAGAUUUUAGCAAAGGUGUAGUGGAGCACAAUCUGAACUGCUAUGGUGGUCGAGCUAUGGCUGAUUGUCUGACUAGUUGGCGUAGCACAAUCGAAUUGUUAUGCAACCCUGUUUGGCAUCCUGUGGAGGCCACCCUUGAAGUCAAAAUUCUGGAGGGACCUCGUGGUGUGCCUUUCCGCGGCAAAGUGAUUGCUUGGACCGAUGACUUCGAAGAGAAUCCUAUGACCCUAUUUGAUUACGAUGAUGACAGCAGUGAAGAGGUUGCAGGUGGUCGGGGACUAGUCAGAGAUGAUGGCUCGCUUGCGCUAUCUCGUAAUUUGAUAGCUGUCCCUAUCGACGAGGAUGACGGAGAAAUGGUGCUCAAUGUCUGCUUUGUUGAUAGCCAUGAUGAAAACGAAGGCACUGUGGUCUCUCUGCAAUACCCUUGUGAGGAGGAGUUUUGCACUUAUGGUUCCUACAAGCUGCAGUUGAAGGUUUCGUGGAAAGCUGUUUUAUCCAGGCCAAUGUCGAGAUUAGUCCAUCAAAGAUUGUUUUCUCUGCCACAGCCCCCACUAACUGUCAACUCGUGGAUGUGGGAGUUGGUGUUCCAAGGCAAUCGUGGAUGCUUUGGUGAUCUUAUAAUUUAUAAGAUAUGUUAGUACAUUGCUAAUUUCUGGCUAGGAUGAGAAGACUAUGCGGUCAGCAAGUUAAGCGCAUGUGUUUCAGUCUUGUCAGCAACAUAAAACUAUGUAAUGCACUUAAUUACCCAUUACUUGAGAUACUGAUUAUCUUAAUGUUAUCUUACCAUUACUGAUUA